AUGCCUUUGACAGUCAAUUGCGCCCAGCCGCGCGAGGUGGGACCGGUGAGAUUCGUCGAUCGAUUCAAAGCGGCGGCCCAGAAGAAGACGGCAGCAGUUCGAGGAUGGUGUGACAGGCGAGGUCAAGGGUGCCUCAGGUCCGUGGUUGACAGUGAGUCGGACGAUCCCGCGACCCAGAUCGACGAGUUCCUUACUCACGCUGCCGCUCCAGAAUUUCGUGGAUCGAAACGACGCCAAUCGGAGACGCGCAGCGACCCUUCGAAGACGGCGGAGCGCAAACCCGAGCAUCGUGAAGUCUUCCUCGAUCUCCCAUAUGAGGCCGGAUCCGUCAGCAGCUUUUCAACCGUGCUGGACACCUACCACCGAGCGUCCUCGUCCACUAUAUCCCUUCCCUCGACUUUUUCGAUGGGUUCCAUGAAUGUGCCCGAACCAAGAGCACCGCAACCAUCGUCGCCUCGUGCAAGCCUUCACUUUGCCAUUGAUACGCCGGCUGACUUUGAACGAUUCCGGUCGGAUUUGAGACAUCGAGUCGAGCUCGAAUCCGUUCCUCCAGCAAUGCCCACGGGGAAGCCAGAACCAAAGACCAAAUGCUUCAACGUGGACUCGACGCCGAUCCCCGUCGGUGAAGAAAGUCCACAACUCAAAUUCAAGGCAUACCCUGGCAAGCCAGACACCGAAAACCAAGGUCCUGUCACGUUUCAAGCGUACUCGGCUGGGUCGAAGCUCAGGCAUCGAAACGUCGGGUACAUCCCCCCUACCUUGCAAUCUGGAUUUGUCAACGGGGUCCCGCCAGCUCUUCGAGCCGCGCACGGCGGCAACAACAACAACAACAACAACAACUCGACUCGUCACCGGGGCAAACCCAAGGCGACCGCGACCGGUGAUGCAAGUCAGAACUACUCGUGGCCCCUGGUGGAUUUCCACAAGGAAAUCUUCCUGAAUGCCGAGCCGUCGCAGACGAAUCACUCGUCUCGGUACCAGGAGCCACGCAUUCCGUCCAUGGAGUUCUCUGGCCGGGGACUUGGGGACGAGGUGCAGGCGGUCCUGGACAACCUCCGCAGGCCGGUGGUUGAGAGGGCAGCUGCACACGUGGAAGAUCGCGCGUGGAUGUCACCUGGUUCACCGCUGCACUCGACCGCGUACGAAAGGGAAGCUUGUAUUCCGGUGGUGACGGCAAAAGCAGGAGAGGUCGGUGGCCAUCACCCGCGAGUUCUCACCGUGGGGACCCCGCAGAAGCCGGAGAGGUCGAUGGGCUCGGUUCGUCCUCCGUCGAGCAACGAGCGGACGGUCAGGUUCAGCGAGUACAACUGGCCCCGAUUCAGCGACGACCAGUACACAGAUCCGGCCGAGGAGUACUCGCGCCAGUAUCGGCGCCGGAGACGAGAAGCGCGAAGGGAAAUGGCCAGCAGACGAGGGGUUUGA